AUGUGGCCUGAGGUGGCUGCCGCCGCCCCCCUGGGAAACGCAGCGCGCCGUGCUGGCUCUCGGCGAAGGGGCUGUGUGAUGAAAAUAAAGAUCUGUCUUGCGAAGAUAAACUGCGUUUGGGGGGGUGCUACGCAAUUGUCGGUUGUGAAGAUGAGAAAAGAUGUGAAGAAGGCGAGAGUCCUGACUAUUCGCAGACUAACCAGACACAUCGGGAAAUUAAAGUUGAAAAAGGGUUCAGAAGACUUGAAAUUAAAGAACCAAAAACGAGUUGAGAGAUUAAUAGAAGAAAUCCAUGCCAUGAAGGAAAUAAAGCCAGAUGAAGUUACCAGACUUGCUCUUAGGACAGAAGUUAAUUUUGAAAGUGUCUGCCGAAAGCCAAAUUGUACUGCAACUGAGCGAGCCAUUGCAAGACUUGCAACACAUCCCAUCUUGAAACCCAGAUUUGUUGAACUUAAAGCUGCUGUAACAGCUUUUAAGGAUGCAAGAAAGAACCCAGACAAAGCCACUCCUUCGAAAAAGGCUAAGUCAGAAGAACAGCCUAAAUCAGCGCAACAUUUCAAUAGUGAUUUGGAUGACCAAGCUCCUAAACUAGCUCAAAAACAGCAAGGAGGUGAACACGAAACAAAAAUGAGUAUGAAAAUAGAAACUGACGGGGUGGCUGAAGAACUUUGUGAGAGUGAAUCUGAGCGGAAAACUGUGGAAAUGGAAAAAGCAUGUGCUCCAGAAGAAUCUUCAUUUCAGGCAGUAGAAAUGCAAGCCAUCACUCAGAAUAAAACAGGAAAAAAACUUGGCUAUCAAAAAAGGAAAGAAAAUACGAGCACGAACAAAUUAAAUGCAAUAAAAGAAAGAAAGAAUGAUGAUAGUGACCAGGAACAUCCUAAUGAAGAGGAGUACUUUGAUGAUAGUACUGAAGAGAGGUUUUAUAACCAGUCAUCAGAUUCUGACAGUGACAGCAAUGAUGAUUUCUUCAUUGGCAAAGUAAAAAGAAAGAAAAAGAUAGCAGCAGUUACUGAUUUUUCUUCAGCAAAAGAAAAGGAUAGACUUCAGAAAAACAUAGUGAAGAACGAAGAGAACACAGUGCCUAGAACAGUGCAAGAUUUUAUCAUGGAGGAAGGAAAGCCACAUGCAAAAGCAAGCAAACUAGAAUCAAUGUUCUGCAGUUCUUUGUCUACCUCUAAUCAGAAAUCUCAAAACAGAAGAAGAAAUACUAAAGACCAGCCUCUCAAAAAUGGAAGAACAGCUCUUCUUAAAAAGGAACCACAGCUCAAGAAGCAACCAUUUGCAAAAGCUGCAGGUAUUAAAUGCAACAAUAAGAAAGCAUGUUUGGAGCAGCCUCUUCAUCCAUCAUGGGAAGCAAGCAAGAGACGCCGGGAACAAAUGUCUCAAAUUACAGCAUUCCAAGGGAAAAAGAUUAAAUUUGAUGACUAGACUAUAUGUAAAUUGACAUUUUAAAAAAAGAUUAUUGCAGAUUUGCAUCCCGUGGUAUUUUCUUACGAAGUAACAACUGCUGUUUGAACAUUUUUGUUGUACCGUCCUUAUCCUUUGCAACCUAUAAAAUAGCAACUGCUAGAACUUACCAUCUGUUAAUAAUGAAGAUUGCUUCAUUUAUUCAAUGUGCUGUCUGUUGACUAAUGUAUGGUCAUAUGGUGUUGGUUCAUAAGUCCCAAUACGUAGUGCCACCAUUUAUGAAAUACACUCUGACGUGAAUGAAUGGUUUUUAAGAACAUCCUUUAUGCCCUGUAGGAAUAGUACAGAUUCUUUGGAACUUUUUUUUGUGUAAAAAUGUACUUUAAACUAUAUGAGGACUUGGAUGUCAAAAGAGAGGGGAGAAUACAAAAUAUUGAUGUGAUAAUCCUAGGACUAUAUUAUCAAAUACAUUUCAACUGAGAAAAGUAAGAGAUUCUUAAACGUGAACAGACCUAACGAAUUCAUGAAUGUAUCGGAUAGCUGGAAAAGCUAAUCAGUAGUAUGCAUGACAUGAAAAUUUCUGGAAGGCAAUAAAAUACUGGCCUGUUAAAUUG